AUGUUCGAACUCCAUCGAUUUGAAGUGGAGACUCUCACCUCCCCCAUCAAGGUGGUUUGUAGAAAUGAGGAUCGGGACAAGCAGGCCAACCUCGGGCUCGACAUCAAGCUGUUGCUGGAGACCAAGCAUUGGCCGAGCUUGUUUACCAUAGCGGGUGUUAGUGGGCGUGUAGGUGGGCUCCUGGCUGCUAGUGUGGGGCAGGUGCCCGAUGCUGAGCAGCCGACACGGGUCUGGUCUUUGUGGUCUGGUUAUUUCGAGCCCGAGGCCGCGCCGCAGAUCAAGAAGCAAGCAAUUUGA